CCUUCAACACAUUUCCCAGCGGAGACCAUGACGGUCUGGGUGACUCUACUUCGCGUGGUUACUUCUAUCGCCCAGAUUGGAAUGAUUCUCAGUCCAGGACCCGACAUUAUCCGUGUUCACAAGCACAAGACCACAGGCGAGAUGGCGGCACUUCCGCUAAUUGCAAUGAUCGUCAACAACCACCUAUGGACGCUGUACGGGUACCUAACCGACAGUAUCUUUCCGCUCAUGACAACGCAACUGUUCGGCGAGCUCGCAGCCAUGGUGUUCACUGCGAUAUAUUAUCGUUGGUCGAGUGACCGUCCAGCAUUGAACAAGUUGCUCGCUUGGGCUCUUUUAGGGUAUGCUGUCAUCACUGCGUAUGUGGUGCUGGGCAUUGCCAGAGUUACGAACCAAACCGAUGACGAAGUAGGCAAAACGUUAGGAUACGUCGGUAUCGGCAUCAACCUUUGGAUGUACGGGUCUCCAUUAGGCACAGUUCGACACGUGCUGAGGACCCAGUCGGCUGUGUCGUUGCCGAUCAACUUGAGCGUCAUGAUGUUCUUCACUACGGUGUUGUGGGUCGCCAUUUCCAUCGUGGACGGGGAUAUGCUCAUCAUGUCGUUGAACAUUGCGGGUGUGAUACUGAGUAUCAUCCAGAUCACAUUGUACAUUCGCUUUCGACCAAACCCUGCGAUCGCACAGGAGGAGGAAUUUGAGUUCGCGGACAAGCAGAUUGCAGUUGUCAUCUCUCCGAAAGACACCAUGCUACACUCUGCUAAGAACCCCGUCUACCAGGCACUUGCGUCGCCAGUUGAAACAACUCGAUCCUGAGACGACAUUAGGAGUGAUAAAAUACGCUUAAUAAAGUUUGAAAUUUUUGCAACUGUAGAA